CGCAACACGCGGGGCGGGACUUCCGGCGACAGUCAUUUUGGUUGCUCUUGGGUUUCUUAAUCCCUUCGGGCCUAUGGAGUACUUGGCUGUCACCUCGGUGACAGCGGGAAAGCGCAAGAGGUUUGGCGCCCACACCCGAAGCCGGAGACGAGCCUGAGCUGAUCCUGGCUGGCGAAGGCGGCACUGUCCCUACCCAGGCCCUCGCCCACCCCUGCCUCGCUCCCCGCUGCCCGGCUGGGCGGGCGGAGGCGGCGCCCCUGAGCUCGGCCUCGCUGCCCGAGUGCCCGACCUGCCCCCGACAGAGUGCGGGAGCCGGCAGCCAGGGCCGGCCCAGAGCAGAGGCGCUUCCCGUGGGGUCAGGUUCAGCCAUGUGACCCGGGGUGGAAACGUCCCCGUCCCCGCCCCGUUUGCGGGAAACGGCGUCGCCCUGCGGGGAGCGGGUGAGACGGAGUGUGCGGCGGGCCUCCCGCGGGGCCGCUGCGGAAGGGUCCCCUGGCAAUGGCAGAAAUGAACCCUGCACAGGGUCGUGUGGUCUUUGAGGACGUGGCCAUAUAUUUCUCCCAGGAAGAGUGGGGGCACCUUGAUGAGGCUCAGAGAUUCCUGUACUGUGAGGUGAUGCUGGAGAAUUUGACACUUUUGUCCUCACUAGGUUGUUGGAAUGGAGCCGAGGCUGAGAAGGCAGCUCCUGAGCAAGGUGUUUCUGUAGGAGCACCACAGGUCAGGACUCCAAAGCCAGGUUCAUCCACCCAGAAUGCCCAGCCUAGUGAGACAUGUGACCCGCUCUUGAAAGAUAUUCUGCACCUGGCUGAACAAAAUAGAACACAAACUGAACGAAAGAUACAUAUUUGUGAGUCAGAGCCUUACCAGCCCCAAAAGCAGAUUGAAAAGAAUCUUUCCAGAAGGGACAAUUGGAAACUUUCAUUUUUGAAGAACCACGGAGUUCACAUGGCAGAGAGGGCCCUCACAUGCAGGGAAGAGUGGAAAGAAUUGCCAGCCACCUCACGCCUUCUCCAGCACCAAGUCUCUCACUGUGGGUGGAAGCCAGACAGGGAAACUGAGGGCAAGAAAGCCCUUCAGAGUGGACUCAGUGAUUACGUAUGCAGUCAAUGUGGGAAAGCCUUCAGAUACAAACAUUCAAUGCUUGAGCACCACAAAAGCCACAGAGGAGAAAGGCCUUAUGAGUGCAGCAAAUGUGGGAAAUUCUUUAGGUACAAUGCCAACUUUGUAAAACAUCAGAGGAUUCACAGUGGAGAAAGGACUUACGAAUGUAGAGAGUGUGGAAAAUCCUUUAUGUACAACUAUAGACUCAUGAGACAUAAGAGGGUUCACACUGGAGAAAGGCCUUAUGAGUGUGACAUUUGUGGGAAAUUCUUUAGGUACAGUUCCACAUUUUUUAGACAUCAAAGAGUUCACACUGGAGAAAGGCCUUAUGAAUGCAGUGAAUGUGGGAAAUUCUUUAUGGACAGCUCCACACUCAUUAAACACCAGAGAGUUCACACUGGGGAAAGGCCUUACAAGUGCAGUGAAUGUGGGAAAUUCUUUAGGUACAACUCCACACUCAUUAGACAUCAGAGACUUCACACUGGAGAAAGGCCUUAUGAGUGUAGCAUAUGUGGGGAAUUCUUUAGGUACAACUCUAACCUCAUUAAACAUUGGAGAAAUCACACUGGAGAAAGGCCUUAUAAGUGCAGUGAAUGUGGGAAAUCCUUUAAGUACCACUGCAGACUCAUUAGACACCAGAGAGUUCACACUGGAGAAAGGCCUUACGAGUGCAGUCAAUGUGGAAAAUUCUUUAGGUACAACUCCAACCUCAUUAAACAUUGGAGAAAUCAUACUGGAGAAAGGCCUUACGAAUGCAGUGAAUGUGGGAAAGCCUUUAGCCACAAACAUAUACUUGUUGAGCACCAGAAAAUCCACACUGGAGAAAGACCUUAUGAAUGCAGUGAGUGCCAGAAGGCCUUCAUUAGGAAAUCCCAUCUGGUUCACCACCAGAAAAUCCACAGUGAAGAGAGACUUGUCUGUCCUGUAGGUGUGGGGCUUUCUUUAAGUACAGCUCCAGCUUUAUUAAACAUUAGAAAUUUCACAAUGAAGAAAAUUUACCAUUGACCAUUUUAAAUUGACAGUUAAUGCUAUGUAAAUUCAUAUUUCAAAUGCAGUUGGUCUCAGAAACCUUUCUGUCUUGCAGAAGUGAUACCCUAUUCUCCUCUUUCCUAAGUGCCCCUGACUAGUACUCUUCUAUACUCUGUUCUAUGGAUUUGUUACCUAUUAGCAUCUUAUAUAAGUAGAGUCAUACAACAUUCA